AUGAAGGGCGCUUCGCUCUUCUCUUCUGCCUUGGCUCUAUGCCUUGGCUCCAACAUCGUUACUGCAGCUCCAAAAGACACACAGCAACCGGGCUUUGACAAAGGCCAGCCUUAUGAUGGAAAGGGCAAAGGUGCUGUUCUUCUAGGCGGCACAAACAAGGAGCUUGACCUCCAGAACCCAGACAACCUUGGCCAGCAACCCACUGACAACGGCGUUGUUCCCAAUCUCAAAUGGAGUUUCUCCGACUCCAAGACUCGUCUCUUGAAGGGUGGUUGGGUUCGUGAACAGGUCAUCCAAGAUCUGCCCUCCAGCCAUGACAUCUCUGGUGCUCAGCAGCAUCUCGUCAAGGGAGCUAUUCGAGAACUUCACUGGCAUAAAGUCGCUGAAUGGGGCAUUGUGUACAACGGCUCCGUCCUCAUCUCUGCCGUUGAUGAAUUUGGGCGGUAUCAGGAAGAAGUCCUCAACUAUGGUGACAUCUGGUACUUCCCCAAAGGUGCAGCUCAUACCGUCCAAGGUCUCGCCGAUGAGAACGAGUAUCUCCUAGUCUUUGACGAAGCCGACUUUGACAAAAUCGGCACCACCUUCAUGGUCGACGACUGGAUCAACCACACCCCCAAGUCCAUCCUCGCCAAGAACUUCGGCGUCAACGCCUCCGUCUUCGAAAACGUCACAGCCCCCAACCCCUACAUCCUCCCCGGCACACCCACCAAGCACAACGUCACCGACGGUCCCGCCGGCAAACUCUCAGGAAACAGCUCCUUCGUGUACCGCACAUUCCAGCACGACCCUGAAAAGAUUGGCGGCACGGGCGGUAACUUCUGGAAGAUUGAUUCAACCAAUUUCCCUGCUUCAAAGACUCUCGCUGCUACCUUUGUCACGCUUAAGCCGGGCGGUUUGAGGGAGUUGCAUUGGCACCCUAAUGCGGAGGAGUGGCUGUAUUUUCACCAGGGUAAGGCGAGGGCGACGGUGUUUAUUGGGAAUGCGGCGGCGAGGACUUUUGACUUUUCGGCGGGUGAUACUGCUGCGUUUCCUGAUAACUCUGGGCACUAUAUUGAGAAUACCUCGGAAGAUGAGGAUCUCAUCUGGAUUGAGGUCUACAAGUCUGAUCGCGUUGCCGACAUCUCUUUGACUCAGUGGCUUGCUUUGACGCCCCCUGAUGUUGUCGCUCAGACUCUCAAUGUGUCGAUUAGCUUUGUUGAGAGUCUGAAGAAGGAGAAGCAGGUUCUUAUUGAGUAG